GGAAGAAGAACGGUGAAAAACCGACGAAGAAGACGAGAAAAACAACAACAACAUGGGAAGAAGGAAGGUUUCGCUGAUUUAAAUGUCCGUGUUUUGUCUUCAUAACCUUUUCUACAGCGUCAUUAGUCAGUCGUAGACGUGUGCCUGCAUUCAGGGCAGGCCUCAUGGAGCGGGGCUUCAAGUACCUGCUUUGCACCAGGAAACUAAGUCCAAGCUAAUUUCCCAGCAAAGAUGCCUAAAGAGGUUUCUUACCCUUCUCUUCCCCAUCAAUCACCCUAAUUUAUACUUUGAGGAGAGUCUGCUCCUGGCAGCUGGCAGUAUGCUAGGAAAGGUGAAACACAAUUUAUUGAUCAUAUGCUUGGUCAUCAGUUCGGUCACUGUCUUCUACCUGGGGCACCAUGCCAUGGAGUGCAACCAUCACAUUAAGGAGCGAGACUCUGCUGCAUUUUUGCCUCUCUCAGCAGUGGGUGGAAGCGUGCGAAGCGCACUACAAACAGGCCAGAAUCUCAGCAUGCCUUUCUUUUACACCAAAGACAUGCCGCUCAUCUUUAUCGGUGGCGUUCCCCGCAGCGGGACCACACUCAUGAGAGCGAUGCUGGACGCCCACCCGGAGAUCCGUUGUGGUGAAGAAACACGCGUGAUCCCACGUCUGCUGGCAAUGAAACAGAUGUGGAGCCGUUCCGGGAGGGAAAAGAUGCGCCUGGAUGAGGCCGGAGUGACGGAUGAGGUGCUGGACGCCGCCAUGCAGGCUUUUCUGUUGGAAAUCAUUGUCAAACAUGGCGAGCCAGCAAACUUCCUCUGCAACAAGGACCCAUUUGCUCUCAAGUCGCUGUCGUACCUCGCCAAAAUAUUCCCCCGUGCCAAGUUUGUGCUCAUGAUCCGUGAUGGUCGUGCUUCAGUGCACUCCAUGAUCUCUCGAAAGGUCACAAUUGCCGGAUUUGACCUGGGAAGCUUCCGGGACUGCUUGACCAAAUGGAAUCGGGCUGUGGAGACCAUGUACACACAGUGCCUGGAGGUACCUGAUAAGUGCCUACCUGUGCAAUAUGAACAAUUAGUCCUCCACCCUGAGAAAUGGAUGAGGACGCUUUUGAAAUUCCUUGACAUUCCAUGGAAUGAUGCCGUUCUCCACCACGAGGAGCUGAUCGGGAAAGCAGGAGGAGUUUCCCUCUCAAAGGUGGAGAGGUCCACCGACCAGGUCAUUAAGCCUGUCAACAUGGAGGCCUUGUCCAAAUGGGUGGGGAAGAUCCCGGCUGAUGUGGUGAGGGACAUGGCCGUCAUUGCUCCCAUGUUGUCCAGAUUGGGUUACGACCCUUAUGCUAACCCCCCCAACUAUGGCAGCCCUGACCCCAAAGUCCUGGACAACACCAGAAGGGUAUUUAAAGGUGAAUUUCAACUUCCAGAUUUCCUCAGAGGAAAAUCCCAGAUCCAGAGGUCUGCAGAAAGAGUGCAUCCUACUUAAGACCAGUGACUUUUCCAUCACUUCUACAUACGCACAGGGAAGGACUUGGUGCAGUGAGAAGAAUACCAGAGUCAUCUUCUCAUGUAUAAUAUAUAUAUAUAUAUAUUCUUGAUAUCACACAGCUCUCAUCUGCCAGCCCUCAAGUGUUACAGUAUGUAUACUUCUGAAGAACUAAACAUGUCUGCCCCAUUGUUAUGGUAUUCAGAAAGAACCGCAAUACAGUGCCACCACAAUAAUUCUAGCAGUGAUAACCUUAUCAUACGUUCAUUAAGCAUGCCACUAAACUCAUCUCAUGUAAAUAUACACUUUUCCCUUGCAGUAUUACCAUAAAAUGUUUUUUUCCACAAUGAAGAAUGGAACUGUUGUAGAUCUCUUCAUCAUGGUCAGUAUCAUCACCAUAUUCUUUUCUUUAGAACGCACAUGCAGAGGAAGUAACACAAAGCUCAUGAUGUCAUCAAAGUUUGUCAUUGCUGUCUGAGUGACAAUAUCCAUACGUGAUAUUGUGUAUUGUAACAUAUACCAGACAAUAUAUUGCAGUAUUGAUUUCCUGUCCUGCCUCGACGGCCAAUGACUGUUUUUGUGUCACUAUAUGAUACAAAUCCUCCUGAUUUGUUGCAAGAUUGUUUAAAAGAAAGUCAAGUAAGAACAAUAAUGAAGUCAAACAUUUCAUAGUGUGCGGGUACUUAACACAAAAUGUUACUUUAAUUACGAUGGUUGGCAGAAAUGAUGAGCUACUGUCAACAAGCUGACUGUUCUUCAACCAGCCUUGCUUUUCUUUUACAGUAGUGAAGAUUGGAAUGACAUUCACACAUGGCAAAUUGUCCAAAACAUUCAUGUUUGAUGUGCUAAAUGAAGUAACUUAUCAUGAACCACACACCUCGUAUGGCUCUACUUAUGCAUGUGAGCUGUCCACAUCUGAAAAACAUCAAGACCGACCUACGAUCACGUUUGGCAGAUAGAAGCCUCAACGCUUGUGUGAAGUCUAACCUCACCACAUAUCCACCAAUACUGCAAUCCAGCAGACUGCAAAACCAUCAGCAAAACUACCAUCACAUUCAUGGAAAAAGUCUUUUAUUUAUUGAUUAGCUUCAGUUUACCAACAGUAUUAAA